GUUGUUAAAAAUAGUAAUAUUUUUAGUUUUUAUUCCGCGAAAAAUGGCAAAUGUGCGCUGUUUGCAAAAGUUGUUACGGCUGCAGAAAUUUGUACUGCCACUAAACACACAGAUUUGUUCGCGUUUGCAUGGCCCACCGCAAUUGCCGUUAACGUCCACCUGGAGUCGCAGUUAUGCCAAAGAUACAGACAAAUCCAAGCUAGAGGAUUUUCGUGCACGCGAGGAGGAGCGCGAGCGUGAACGUGAUGCUGCAGAGCAGGCGCUGUUAUCACAAACUACACAAGCUGAUGCAGGCGGCGCUGCUGGCGCUGGCGGGGAUCAACAGCAGCAGCAGCAACACACACAUGAUGCCGAGGAAGCGGCUAAGCACGCCAAAGUGGCUGAAGUACGCAACAAAAUACUCGAUGCUGCACUGCAGCAUGUGCCACAGCAUGGCUGGUCCAAGCAGGCCAUAGUGUUGGGCGCCGAGCAGUGUGGCUAUCCCAGCGUGGUGCAUGGCAUGUUUCCUGAAGGUGGCUUUGCGCUUGUGUCCCACUUUAAUGGCCAGUGCAAUGCGCAGCUGGUGAAGUCACUGCAGCAACAGACAAAUAAUGGACAAAGUGAGAUUAGCAAUCCGUUGGAGUUUCUAGUGGAGGCUGUGCGUCAGCGACUGGAGAUGCUAGUGCCGUACAAGACGCAGUGGCCACAGGCAAUGGCGCUGAUAGCGCAACCACAACAUGCUUCAACGGCGCUGGCGCAGGUGCUAACGCUGGUCGAUGACAUCUGCUAUUACUCUGGAGAUCGCUCUGUGGAUUUUGGCUGGUACACACGUCGCAUUGGUCUGGCUACCAUAAUGAAAAUGACGGAGCUUUAUAUGCUGCAGGAUACAUCGCCAGGACAUGCGCAGACUUGGGAGUUCUUAAAGAAUCGCAUGGAUGAGGCAGUGCAGCUGCAAAUGGCUUUGGCACAAACUGAGGGCAUGACGCAUACAUUUCAACGCUCAUUCAACUCGGCGUUUAUAACGGCACGCAACAUACUCGGCCUGGGCUAUAGUCGUAACUGAGGCAGCAGCUGGCGCUAGCAGUCCAAAGAGUCUAUGUAAAAUAUAUUACAUAUAAUGCAAAGCUAUUCACUUAUAUAUAUAGAAAU